AUGUCAACAACCACGACCUCUUCCUCACCCCCCUCCUCUUUUCCUUCCCCGACAGCUCCUCCCACAGCCACAACAGUCACAGCCACACCCUCUCAAAACCACUCACCAACUCCCUCCAAGCUCCUAACAACCUACAUCCCCCUCUCCGGCCUCAUCCUCGCCCCCACCCUCUUACUCCUCCCUCCCCGAAAGCUGGACCUCUAUACUCUUCCGCUCCUCACAAUCUUCGGGAUCAGCGCCGAGGAAUUGGGGUAUGGGCACUUCUCCGGUGGAACGGGCUACUUCAGUCAGAAACGACCGCUGUCGAGUACAGUUGGAGAAAUCACUACCUCCAAUCAGAGCAAAGGAAUUGCAAAGGAGAUACCAGCGUCACUGGCCCAGGCACAAAAACACGAGGGGAUAAGGACGGGCACAGCAGGCGAGGUGGGAAGCGUGAAAGCCGUCGGUGCCGUCACGGCCGCGAUACAAGACACCUCCACCUUCCCCACCUCCACCUCUACCACACAACAAGGCAACGAACCAAGAGGCGGGGGCAAACAAGACGGCCCCGGCCCCCUCGGCGGUAGCGGCACCUGGCUCAGGAACUUAGUCGGCGCAGGCAAGAAAGAGCUCCUCGGCGGCGCGGGCGAGCCCGGCGUGAGGGAUCUGGGACUCGGCCAGCGCCAACCCGACACCCCGACCACCCACCUCAACGAUGCCGGCGAAAGGAACGGCAUCAUCAUGGGAUCGGCGAGGGAGAUCGAGCUCGGUAUCCGCGCUCAAACACUGGGGUGGAAAGACAGCUGGAAACACGGCGUGCUUGGCUGGGAAAGGUUAGGGGCCGAUGGGCAGGUUUUGCUAGCAUUCGAGUCUCCCCUUCCUUCAGGCAACAGCAAGAAGAAGGGGGAGGGCGCAGGAGUUCAAGGCAUAGAAAGCAAGGCUGUAGAAGACGCAGAGGCAAAACAUGGAGGAAAAGGACUAGGCAGAGGAGGGGGGUCGCGGGCAUGGCAAAACGGCUCUGGUACGGUGACGAGGGCGAAGGGUGGAAGGAGAGACGGAUACAGGAGGAGCGGAGACGGGUCGAGGAAGAGGGGCAGGGGGUGUGGGAUCUGGUGGGGAACCAUAUCGGCGAGGCUUUUGGGAAGAGAGAGGAUGAUGAGGACGAAGGCUGAGGGGGUUCGAGGUGAGGACUUGGAAAAGGGAGAGAGGGCAGGUGAUGUCGGAGGGGGUGGGUGUAUAUAG